AUGGAGUCCUGGUUAGUAGACAUUAAAAGAGUGCACAUUCCACGUCCGAAAUUCGGGAGCGGUUCGCGUUGCUACGGCUACGGAUAUCCCACUGAACCCCCCAAAGAUUACGUCAACGAAGAGGGCAGGGAGGAUUACAAAUACAAAAAUUUACCGGCGAAUAUGGCUAAGGCUACUGAAGAGAUCAGGAGAGCGAUGCAGAAAUUUUUCAUCAUCCGCCACAGUGGAUCAGUUAAGACCCUACUGAAGACGAAUAUUACAAACCACUGCGGGUCUAUACAUCUCGAUCAGUUGAGAGGCGAGUUUCAACGCGUAACUAGCGACAUCUACGUUAACGAAGCGUAA